AGCUCUUUUCUACUUGAGUGUUUGUUCGGUUCGGACGCCAUUUGUACGGAAUGGGUAAACCACGUGGAAUUCGUACUGCUCGGAAGCACAUCCGUCACCGGCGGGACCAGCGCUGGGCCGACAAGGAUUACAAAAAGGCCCAUCUGGGAACGCGCUGGAAGUCUAACCCGUUUGCGGGAGCCUCCCAUGCCAAGGGAAUCGUGCUGGAAAAGGUCGGCGUCGAAGCUAAGCAGCCCAAUUCCGCUAUCCGCAAGUGUGUCCGUGUCCAGCUCAUCAAGAACGGCAAAAAGAUUACCGCUUUCGUGCCACGGGAUGGUUGCCUGAACUACAUCGAGGAGAACGACGAAGUGUUGGUUGCCGGUUUCGGUCGCAAGGGCCAUGCCGUCGGUGAUAUUCCCGGAGUUCGUUUCAAGGUAGUGAAGGUUGCCAACGUAUCGCUGCUGGCCCUGUACAAGGAGAAGAAGGAACGGCCUCGAUCGUAAGAAUUGAGAAUUCUGUCAAUAGGAAUUAAGAUACUACAAGAUCAGCUGUUAACGUGAUGGAGUAAAAGUAAACCUGAAUACAAACUUCCGUGAAAUGGAUGUUCUAUCUGGGA